UGAGCAGCGGAGGAGGAGGAAGAAGAGACCGUGACUGAAGAAGACGCAGCCAGGGGCUCUGGGCAUGUGGGUCCAGCAGGUACCCUGGUCAUUCACUUGGGCUGUGCUACAGUUGAGCUGGCAAUCAGGGUGGCUUCUAGAGGUCCUCAAUAAGCCCUGGAGGCCCCUCACCUUCUCCCCAACCUGGCUCACAGUGUCAGAGGGAGCAAAUGCCACCUUCACCUGCAGUUUCUCCAACUGGUCGGAGGAUCUUAAGCUGAACUGGUACCGUCUGAGCCCCAGCAACCAGACUGAAAAACAGGCCGCCUUCUGCAAUGGUUACAGCCAGCCCGUCCGGGAUGCCCGCUUCCAGAUCGUACGACUGCCCAACGGACAUGACUUCCACAUGAACAUCCUCGAUGCACGGCGCAAUGACAGUGGCAUCUACCUCUGUGGGGCCAUCUCCCUGCCUCCCAAGACACAAAUCAAAGAGAGCCCUGGAGCGGAGCUCGUGGUAACAGAGAGAAUCCUGGAGACACCAACAACAUAUCCCAGACCCUCACCCAAGCCAGAAGGCCAGGUUCAAGGCUUGGUCAUUGUCAUCAUGAGCGUCCUAGUGGGUAUCCCCGUGUUGCUGCUGCUGGCCUGGGCCCUCGCUGCCUUCUGCUCAACAGGUAUGUCAGAGGCCAGAGAAGCUGGACACAAGGAAGACCCUCCGAAGGAGGCGCAUGCAGCAGCCCCUGUCCCCAGUGUGGCCUACGAGGAGCUGGACUUUCAGGGACGAGAGAAGACACCAGAGCCUGCCCCCUGUGUGCACACAGAAUAUGCCACCAUUGUCUUCACUGAAGGACUGGAUGCCUCAGCCAUAGGACGUAGGGGCUCAGCUGAUGGCCCACAGGGUCCUCGGCCUCCAAGACAUGAGGAUGGACACUGCUCUUGGCCUCUUUGACCAGACUCUUCAGCCAUUAGCAUGCCACAGGCCCUCCACAGAGAGCACUGGUCCAUUCCUCCGUCAAGAGGAACAUGCAGGCUACAGUUCAGCAAAGCUCCAGGAUCUGAGCUAUCUGGAAUGACAGCGCUUGCACUGUUGAGUGAGAGCUCUCUUCGUGUUUACCACAAGCUGGGAACAGCAGGCUUCCCUGUUUCCUCUUGUCACAGGGUGCAGAGCUGGCCUAAGCCUAGUCUCCUGAAUCCUACUGUUGGGCACUUCUAGGGACUUGAGACACUGUAGCCUAUGGCGUCUGUGGGUUCUGUGUCUGGAAAUGGAGAGACCUGGUUACGGCCUGACUUUGAGUAGCCCUGUGAGGCAACCCCAUAACACGAGGGUCCAGCUAUACAGUGGGCCCAGCACCUAAAGCCACCUUUGGGAGAUACUCAGGCGGGAAAUUCUUAGGCUGGGGGACUGAACUGAUCCUGAGACCUGGAAAAGUUUUGAUGAAGACCAGAAAAGCUCCUAGCUUCAGGGUUUCGGGAAGCCUGAACACUUUCCAGGUAACAACUCCAUGAGAGUCCUUGCUGUCCUUCUGCACCUCAGUUCUUUCUACAGCAGGGACACUAAGGCAAUAAAAGGAACCAGCAAAGCUAGAGAUCCACCCACACCUCCAGUGAGGCACUCGAGUCUCCCUACCCCUCCUAGGAACCAAAAGGACAAGGUCCAUGUCAGCAGCAGGGAAGGAAAGGGGGGACACAAUUUUGAUUCAUACCAACUCUGCCCACAGCAGGCAGUGGUUUAAGUGUUCGGAUCUCCUCAUUCACCCUGUCCUGGGGUCCAGUUCUGGCUCUCCAUCACAGCGUAGGGCCCUGAGAUGGGCAAAUGGUUUAAGGGUUCCCUUGGCACUCCAGACAGUCAAGAGCCUAGCUGUCUGGUGGGCACCCUAAAUGGCCAGGACUCAAGAGUCCCUUUCCUUUGGUUUAAGCCCAUUAUAAUUAAAUGGUUACAAAAGCUUU